AUGACGGCGGUCCUCACCACCCGCUCCACGCCUCUCAUCCUGGCCGGCAUGGCGUUGGAGCGUUACCUCUCCAUCUGCUUCCCUCUGCACUACAUCCACAUGUGCUCCGUCCCACGCACCUUCCUCCUCAUCUUCAUCAUCCUCAUCCUCACCGCCACGCCCCCCCUCACAGACCUGCUCAUCACCGUCGUCCACCAGCCUCUUUCCCUCUUCAACACCCCCAUCUUCUGCGACCACCCGCUGCUCUUCCGCCACCUGUCCAUCUACUAUAAGAACUGUGUGUUUGACGGGGUUUAUUUGUCCUUCGUGGCUCUGACUCUCCUCUACACCUACUGUAAGAUAAUGCUCGCGGCCCAGGCUGCUUCUACUGGCCUGGCCUCGGUUAAGAGAGCGAGAAACACCGUGCUGCUCCAUGGACUGCAGCUGCUGCUGUGCAUGCUGGCCUUUGUAGUUCCUUCCCUUCAGGCGGCUCUCAUCUCUCUUUUCCCUCGCUUCAGUCUGGAGAUCCGCUACAUCUUCUUCCUGGUCGUCUACAUCAUCCCCCGUUUCCUGAGCCCCGUGAUCUACGGUUUUAGGGACGAGCAUUUCAGGAAGUACUGGACCCGGUACCUGUCCUGUCGGGGGAAAAAUGUGUCAAGG